AUCAGAUUAAAAUAUUAAACAUUUUGCAAAAGUAAUUCAAUCUAAUAAUUAAUAAAUCGACGCGAAUCGAUUAAACAUGCGUGCAAAUUGCUUCUGAAUUCGAUUAAAUCCAAUUGAAUUGAUUACGCCAACGACAACUGCACUUGAAUUUGUUAAAUUAAACGAAAUAUUUAAUUGCCACCUUGCACUUUGCUAAGAUGGUUUCCGAGGAGAACUGGAACAGCGACACAAUGUCUGAUUCGGACAUGAUCGACUCGAAGAACGACGUCUGCGGAGGCGCCUCCAGCUCGAGCAGCAGCUCGAUUUCGCCUCGCACGCCUCCGAAUUGCGCCCGUUGUCGCAAUCACGGGCUGAAGAUCACAUUGAAGGGCCACAAGCGGUACUGCAAGUACCGUUAUUGCACCUGCGAAAAGUGCCGCCUCACCGCCGAUCGACAGCGUGUCAUGGCCCUCCAAACGGCGCUCCGUCGCGCCCAAGCGCAGGAUGAACAGCGUUCGUUGCACAUGCACGAGGUGCCACCGCCGACGAGUGCCACGAAUGCGCUGCUUAGUCACCACAGCCAUCAUCACCACGUGCAUCCGCACGCUGCACAUGGUCACCACGGCCACGCCCACCACGCCCAUGUGCUGCACCAGCAUCAGCAGGCAUCGGCUGCCGCUGCUGCCGCAGCAGCAGUUGCUGCUGGGGCAGCUCCACAGCCACAGGCACAGAGCCAUCUGGGUGGAGGAGGCCACAAUGGGGCGAGUGGCAGCUUACAUGGCCACGCCCACGCGCACGCUCACGCCCAUGUGCAUCACGCCCACAUGGCGGCAGCAGCAGCCGCUUCGGUGGUGCAGCAGCAUCAACAGCAGCAACAUCAUCAUCACAGCAACAGCAGCCACCAACAACAGCAACAGCAGCAGCAGCAACAACAGCCGCAUCAGGCUUCCACUUUGAGAUCUCCGUCGCACAGUGACCACGGUGGUGGUGGCACAGUGGGACCAGCCACCAGCAGCAGCAGCAGCUCGGCUGGCGCCACUUCCAGCAAUGUGGCAGCUGCCACCAGCAGCGCUGGCAGCGCCACCAGCAGCUCAGCCCCAGCCAGCAGUGGAGGCGGAGGCUGUGGCGGAGGAAGUGGCAUCAGUGUCAUCACCAGCGCAGAGCAUCACAUGUCCACGGUGCCAACGCCCGCUCAGUCGCUGGAGGGCUCCUGUGAUUCAUCCUCGCCAUCGCCAUCAUCCACAUCGGGCAACGCGGUGUUGCCCAUCUCAGUGUCCAGCACUCGCAAGAAUGCGCCUCUGGGCCAAGAUGUUUUCCUAGACUAUUGUCAAAAGCUGUUAGAAAAAUUUCGUUAUCCAUGGGAACUGAUGCCGCUUAUGUAUGUGAUAUUAAAAGAUGCUGGCACUGACAUUGAUGAGGCUUCGCGUCGCAUCGAAGAGGGCCAAUAUGUUGUGAAUGAAUACUCCCGUCAAAACAAUUUGAACAUCUAUGACGGGGGUGAACUGCGCAACACAACGCGGCAAUGUGGAUGAUAAUUUUUCUAUUAAUCGCAUUGAGAGAAUCGCUAAAAAAAAAGAUAAAACAAAAGCACACAAAAAAAAACCGAAAAGAAUUUGAAACAAAUUUUGCUUAGUUAUAUAUUUAUUGUUUUACGUCUACGAUCUACAAAUUACAGUUAAAUAAUUAAACUUAAAACCUAAUACUUAGCUUAAAGCUUCACGAAAUCGCGCGCGAGUUAAACUAAACUAAUAAGAGAAAGCCUCUGUAAAUAUAUCGAAUUUAUCGUAAGCACGCAACACUUACUCUUCCUCAAACUUGAAAAUACACGUAUCUUCAAUCAACAAACCAAAUAUCUAUGUGGAUGUCCUCUACUUCUUCAAUCAACAAACCAAAUAUCUAUGUGGAUGUCCUCUACUUCUUCAAUCAACAAACCCUAAAGAUGACGACCACUAUUAAACACACUUCUUCAAUCAACCCUCCCAGACGACAACUCAAUCUCGACUAUCUUCAAUCAAUCAAUGACAACUCAAUCUCGACUAUCUUCAAUCAACAAUCAACACGAUGUCCUGCUUUCAAUGAUUUCUACUCAUCAAUCAACACACUUUACUACAAACUCCUUAUCUAAAAUUUCGGUUAUUGGAUCCUUACGAGUAUCAUCAAUCAACUCUCACGUGCUUGAGGUCUACCAAUCGGUUGUUUAGCUUUAGUUACAUCUUAAUCCUUAUCAUUGACUAAGCAAACUUUAUGUUAAGAUGAUACAUCAGCAAUUUACUGAGGUUGGGAAAUCUACUACUUCUUAUAUCCAAAACUGCAGCUGAACUUUGAAGAGGAUAGUUAUAAAUACAAUACGUAUAAUUUAUUUAAUUCGAUAGCAUCUUAGUUUUAUUUAUAAAUAGGUCACAAUGGCAGAUUCAUGGUUCAUACUUAUUUAUAAAUAGGUCAUGGUUCAUACUUUUUAAUUUAGGUAUCGUAGCGUGAUUUCGGGAAUUAAGAAUUUGGUCAGAUCGCAAAUUUAACUAGGAAUGAAACAAAAUCACAAGUUAAUCUCACACUGUUGCGAAACAUUCGUUUCUUAAAACCUAACUCUCAACCUUUUCAGAUAAGAUAAAAAAAACCGUAUCGAAAUUAGACAAAGAAUAAAACUCUUCCACUUUCUAGUUGUUCUCAAAAAUGUUUUUUAGUCAGGUUCUUGUUGUGAAUAGCUGCAACCAUUAAGCAGGUCUGAAAUUAAAAAUAAACUGUAUCAAUCUACUUGUGUACUGUGUAAAAAUGCAGAAUACUUAUAAUACUUAAGAUUAUUCAAUCUCGCGAAAUUUAACAUAAAUAUAACAUCAUAUUAAAUUACUUAAGAAUGAGAAUGUAUAAAUAUUGUUAUCGAUUUAAGAAGUUCAUAAUUCAUAUGCCAAGUUACAACAAACACGAAAAUACUAUAAAAACAACAAAACGAAUUAAGUGUAAAAAAAUAAAAUAUUUUCCUCAAAACAAAUUGGUUCGGUCGACAAUCGAUCCUCAGGCACCGCUGGCUUGAUUUGUGGGUUUACUUAAAGCUGGGAGCAGAAA